AUGGCCACUACAACUUUUAUCAAUGAAUCACUGGAAGAAAAAGGAUGGUUCCUUAGUCAAGAAGGAAUAGAUUCGAUUAAGGAACAAUUGGAACAGGAAAACCCUACUUUGGAACAGUUUAUUGAAGUCGCAAAGGAUACAGAUUUGCGUGAAAUAUGUGAUAAAGGUUUUCGAAAAGGUGACUUGACUAAACGUGACCAACUACCAUCACCUUUAGUAUUACAAGUUCUUCAAGUUCAAAACAUUGCUGUACCAAGUAUCCAACAUGUUGAAAAACCCCGGUUAUUACGUGUGGUUUUUACCGAUGGCAGUAAAAAGAAAUGGAUAGGUGCUGAAAUCCUAGGACCAUUAGAGUCGCUCAGGUAA